AUGAAGACUUGGAUGGGCAAGAGAAGGUGCAAGGAGCAGAAGCAGCAGCAGCAGCUUACCGAGAGGAGCGGCAGGCACCACUCCAGCGGGUGCUUUUGCUGCAGCUCCAGGCUUAGUGUCUCCUCUAACAGCGGCAUCAAGAGCUCCAAUGACUCCACGCAGCUAGAAGCACUGUCCAGCCUCGCGCAUGGCAUGGUGCAGGCUCGGCUGGAGCAGAUUAUCAGUCAUCACUGGGAUCCAGGCGUGCGCCACCAGAGGAGAAUGAACUCUGUGGUAGCCGAAGCAAGCAAAAGUAGGUGCACUUUGUUGAUCGCCAUGGACAGGAGGUCUCAUGACCCCAAGGGGGACUUCAAGGUGUCAAUGAUAGAGGUUAUUACGUCCAAAAGGAUGGAGGAGCCGAAGGAACUCCGGAGCCUCUUGAAUUGCUACUUGUCGAUGAACUCCUCAGAGCAGCGGCUCGUGAUCCUUGAAGCCUUCCACGAAGUGUGCUCCAGUCUUUUCUGUUGUAGAGAUAAGUGGUAG